CCGACAACCUAAGCUGACAAGCACAUCGAGAAGGGCUACCGGGUUGGGCGUGCCACAUAGUGGAGAGGUGACUAGUCUACGGAGUACUUGUCUAGAUCCUCCCUGCCCGCUAUGCUCUCCCAACCGUCCAAACAGCCGGCCGCUCCUUACCCACCGGCUCAUGGUUCUGGAACCGCCGGGAGCCAGAAGCCAGCACCACCCAGUUCCCAGCCCCCCAGCGUCAACCACCAGGCCCAUAUCAGCAGUUUCCAACCCGGCCAUGAUCACUAUGAUCGUGAAGUAUCUCAAAUCCCCAGCGCGCUCAGUGUUACUGGAGAGAAGCAGCACCAGCACUAUCACCAUCAUCUGUCCUUCGACGUACCCCGCUUAGACCGGGUGAAAUCCAAAUCACGUCACAAGGACAAGCGGAAGCACAGUAAAUCUAGUGACCGGCGUCUCCAAAGAAGGAUGAAUAAUAUCACCUCAUCUGCUGGGCCCAGAGGUCUUCUGCCAACAUGGUCUGGCAGUAAAGAAAAGGAGAACGAUGGAGACGAUGGUUUACUUAGACCGAUAACGCAGGAGACAAGCUGGUCACGCUGGGGCUCGGAGUCGACCGCGGCCUUGGAUGCUGGGAGCAGAAAGGGCAGUUUGUUUGAUGGAAUCGACCCGAGUAACAAGCUCGGCCCCAUUAGGCGUCACGAACUACGGUCGAUGGAAGACCUGGAGCAGGUGAGGAGUAAAAGAAAGCAAGGGGAGCAAUUCUUACGGUCUGCCCUGUCCCUGAUUGGGACCCUCGCCACGGAUAUCACCCGUAGACUUGAUUAUACGUACUAUAACUUGCUGGAGAAGAUUGCCGCUUUGAACUCGACUAUUGCGUCUUUUCAAGAACUUUCGAAUUCCACCACCGCCCUCUUCGAUGACUUCCAGCGAGAGACUUCGGGCUUGGACCAAGAGAUACGGAAACAGAUGGGAGAGCUCAAAGAGUUUCAGCCCCAGUUAGAGAGGAUGAAGGCGUUGGAAGACCGGAUGAAGACGGGGCGAAAGAGGGCCGAGGGUCUUGACAACCGGCUUGAGACAAUGCGACGUGAAAUUGAUCGCUGGGAUAAGAAAGAGAUGGAAUGGCAGUCUCGCGUCAACCGGCGACUUCGAAUUUUCUGGACAGUGAUCCUAGCUGGCAUACUUGCAGUUGUGCUCGCGGUUGCCAUUCAGAAUUGGCCGACUGUGAUGGCUCCAGAAUCCCCCGAAGCGCUUUCCCAAGCGGCGAUUUUGUCCAACUCGUCGCAUGCGCUACCCUCUGAGGCGGACCGCGAGGUAGUCUCAGAUAGCUCAAGGGAGGCAUGUCCACGAUCCUUGCGCAAUCUUUCUUAUCGCUAUAAUAGUCGUCCUUUGGCGGGAUCAGCUACUAUCACAGCUACCUCUACCCGGGAUGAUGGCAACGCCAGGGCUGGUGACCAAGACCCAUUGAAGAUAUUUGAUGAGCUAUGAGCGCGCUGGUUUUGUUUUGAGACUUAGGACGACUUUCAAGGCCAGCCUCGAGACUGUCGCGUCUCCAUCAAUCUAAUAUGUAAACCAUAAUGACAUAAUACCCAGAGGGUCCCCAAGCAUAGAAUUUUGUACAUUAUGCGCCCAUU